AUGAAAGUCCCGACCCUAAUCGGAAUAGCGACCAUUCAGGGUGAUCAGGCUGCCGCAAGGCAGUGCUAUUCUUUGACAGUAUCUCGGGGCAAGGGUAAGUCAAAAAUGUUGCCCGUGGCCACCGACCCCCUCACAGACAGGUACGAAGAUCCAAGAGAUGAUACCGACUCUGAUGAAGAAAGGCCCGGUGCCUUGGAAGACAUCGAAGAGGUGGUGAUAUCCGAGCAGUUCCCGGACAGGAUUGUCAAGAUUGGUACCAAGUUGGCUCUAACUAUCAGGGAAGACCUAAUCUCGUUCCUCCGCUCUAACGCAUCCGCUUUCGCCUGGUCAUACGAGGACAUGCCCGGUAUACCAACUGACAUAGCCAUGCACAACCUUAGCAUUGUUCCUUACUCGGCACCAGUAAGGCAAAAGCGAAGAGCCUUCACACAGGAUAAGUACCGGGCUAUCCAAGUUAAAGUAAAGAAGUUGAUGGCCAUCAACUUUGUCAGGGAAGUAACGUAUCCCCGAUGGUUAGUAAACGUGGUCAUGGUACCAAAGAAGUCUCUGGGCUCAUGGCGCAUGUACAUAGACUACACAAAUCUCAACCGAUCAUGCCCUGAGGAUAGCUUGCCGCUCCUACGAAUUGACCAACUAAUCGACUCCACUGCUGGGUACGGGUUACUUAGUUUCAUGGAUGCGUUCAGCGGGUACAACCAAAUUCAAAUGAACCCGACAGACGAGGAGCACACUGCCUUUACCACAGACAAAGGUCUCUAUUGCUACCAGGUCAUGCCCUUCGGAUUGAAGAAUGCAGGUGCCACUUAUCAACGACUUGUCAACUCCAUGUUUGUAGAAGUCAUCGGUACUAUCAUAGAGGUAUACGUGGACGAUAUGCUGGUAAAAAGCUUAACCUCAGAGGACCACAUAACCAACAUAUCAAUUGUCUUCACUAUCAUAUUACGCAACGGUGUGCGGCUUAACCCACCGAAGUGCAUAUUCGGGGUUGAGGUAGGGAAGUUCCUCGGGUACAUCAUUAGCCACAGGGGAAUUGAGGCGAACCCAGAGAAGGUGCAGGCUAUAUUAGACAUGAUAUCCUCAACCUACAGGAAUGAGGUCCAAUCCCUUACAGGUAAGGUAGCCGCCCUGUCAAGAUUCAUCUCCAGGCUAACGGACAAGUGUACUAAUUUCUUCAAGCUGCUGAAAACCCAACACGUUGAGGUAAUAGCUUGGACCGCUGAGCACGAAGCUGCUUUUCUUGGCCUAAAGGCAUACUUGGCAGAGGUACCUCUACUCUACAAACCUGUUCCAAGAGAAAUGCUUUACAUAUAUCUCGCGACAUCUUUGAAAGCCGUGAGCUCCGCUCUGAUUACGAAGGAUUUCGAUUGCGAGUAUCUGGUGUACUACGCUGGAAAAGGUUACAUUGGUGCAGAAUCCAGAUACCCGGACAUUGAAAAAAUAGCAUUGGCCCUCCUAGUAUCGGCUCGGAAGCUAAGACAUUACUUCCAGGCACACUCAAUCACCGUUUUCACUAAUCACCCAUUGAGGCAGGUUUUGCAGAAGCCAGAGACAUCGGGCAGAUUAAUUAAAUGGGCCAUCGAAUUGGGGGAGUUCGACAUCAAGUACCAACCCCAGACAGCUAUUAAGGGCCAAGAACCGGCAAAUUUUAUUUCUAAGUUGAUUCCCUCUCAUGAUCCACCCCUGGGAUCACCUGAACCACCAGCUCCAGACCCAUCCCCACCAAGCACUUGCCCGGACGAUCAAGUCUAUGAGUACGCCCUCAAGUUUGCCUUCAAGGGAUCCAACAAUGUCGUAGAAUACGAGGCACUCGUAGCAGGUCUACAAAUCGGCCGGGAACUAGGCGUCCAGCACCUUCAUAUCUUUAGCUAUUCCCAGUUAGUUGUGAACCAGAAAAAAAAUGGUAAGGCAGAUGCCCUUGCUAAAAUUGCAACAACUUCUCCAAGUCCUGCUUACGGGGCUACCAAGGUCGAAAUACUACAAAGGCCGAGCACUUCUAAAACAGUGUCAGAAAUAUUCAUGGUGGACCACACUGCCUCCUGGAUGGAUCCAAUUUUGAAGUACUUGGUUGACGGCCUGGCCCUGGACGAUAAUGUUGAGACCUGGCGACUCCAAUUAAGGUUCGAAGUCCCGGACACCAUAGUCACGGACAAUGGCACCCAGUUUGACAACGUUGAACUAAGGGCUUACACCGGGAACCUGGGCACUAGAAUCCUCUACUCAUCCCCGGCUCACCCCCAGACCAACGGUCAAGUCGAGGCUGUCAACAAGAUAAUCAAGAAGAUAUUGAAGAAGAAGCUCGAUGAAGCCAAGGGUCUUUGGGCUUCUAAGCUCCCAGAAGUGCUAUGGGCUAUCAGGACCAUGACGACUGAGGCUACCGGAGAGACCCCUUUCUGCAUGGCUUUUGGGUCUGAGGCGGUUCUCCCCAUUGAAACGCAAAUCCAGAGUCCCAGGAUUGAAUACUUCGACGCGGGUACCAACUCAGAGGGCCUACAGCUCGAUGCUGAUUUGCUUGAGGAAUGA